UGAUUAAAAUGCACUACUGAAAUGGCUAUCAGAACAAACUCAUCUGAGUAUUAUUGGUCUUAUGAAUAUUACUGGGACUAUUUGGAUCCAGUUCCUGUAGAUGAAAGGAAGUUGAAGGCUAAUAAAUAUUCAAUUGUCAUAGCCUUUUGGGUUGGACUUGCUGCAUUUGUGGUAUUUCUGUUCCUUAUAUUGCUCUACAUGUCCCGAUCUGGUUCAACACCAGUCAAACAAGUGCUUGCAGGUAACCGGAUAGAACAUCUGGAAGGAAGUAGCUCCAAUGCUGAGCGGCUGCAUUGUGAUGAUCUCAGCAGUCCGGACUCAGACUUGAUCGCUACUGAACCACAUAAUUCUCUUUCAGAUGAAACUGGCAUUCAUGGAAGUAUCUCAGCUUGAGUGAGAACUGGAAACAGAUUCCUUAAAAACCAAUCAGUGAUUAUGACAGUGGGAAGAUACAAGAAUACCCUUGAUAUCUGUUAGGAGCUUUAUAAAAUUAAACUAAAUUACCCCUGAAAAAGAGAACAAAAAUAAUUUAAAAAACGAAGACUAAAAUUCAAAAUUCUCAAACCUAGAUGCCUAAUGAUUUAGGCUUCUCAAGCCAUUUAGGCACCUAGCUAGAUUUGCUGUUUAUUAGAGGUGCUGAAUAAUCCCAGAUCUUGCAAAUGUUGACCAUUGUCAAAUUACUAAUGUACUAGAUGUAAGAAUAACUUAAAAAAAUAAUCAGGGACACAUUCUGCUCUCACUUCUGGUUGUAAAUCUGAAGCAAUGCUUCUGUAGUCAAGUAUAUUAAUCUGAUUUACUCCAGUGUGGCUGUGAGCAGGGACUGUUCCUGCAAGUAGAGGUAGAUAAAUGUGGUUCUCAAUCUUUCCAGACUACUG